AUGGUGUCCAAUCAUUCAUACAGUUAUUGUAACAUUCAAGAUUGGGCACAACCUGCUUUAGCUUCUUGCCAUGUCUUAAAAUGGAUUGGUGGUUAUCUCUGUUUCGUAUUUCUUUCGGGUAUUGUGUUCAAUGGAAUUAUAUUAAUUAUUCAUCUUGAAAAUAGGAAACGUCGUUCACCUAUUGAAAUUUUCAUAUUAGCGUUGUGUCUUUCCAAUCUUACUGCUACUAUUCUAGGCAUUCCAUUACCACUUACGUCUAAUUUAGCUUGCCGGUGGUUAUAUGGUAAAUACUUAUGCUAUUACGAGGGUUUCGUUGCCUAUUUCGUUGGAAUGGUUGGACUAUAUUUACUAACAUCAUUAUCAUUAAAUAGAUAUUGGAUGAUUGUAACACCACAUCGAGAAUAUUUUCUUACCUUUCAAACUGCUUACAUAUCCGUGAUUUUGUCUGUACUUGGAGGACUGUUUUGGGCUGCAGCACCUAUAUUCGGCUGGAACGAUUAUACGUUGGAAGGUGUACUAACCUCAUGUUCAAUAUGUUGGCAAGCGCGAACAGUUAAUGUAAUCAGCUACAAUGUUGCUAUGUUUAUUUUCGCCUAUGUUUUACCAUUAUUUAUUAUGGCUUAUUGUAAUAUUUGUAUAUAUCUCAAAGUACGAGAAGUGACAAGAAUGAAAGCGUUACGGUUCGUGCAAAGGCACAUAUCGAAGACAUACUGCAAGCGGCAAACCAUGGAACGGCAUAUUGCCAAAUCAGUAUUUCUCAUCAUUUUCGGAUUCACUGUUGCAUGGACACCAUAUGCUAUUGCUGCAUUUAUCUCUUCAUUUUUGUCUCCUACUCUAAUUUCACCUCUAGGUGGAACCUUACCAGCUAUAUUUGCCAAAUCAUCUAUAUAUUUCAAUCCACUUAUUUAUAUCAUUUCGAAUUCGCAUAUUCGUUCCAAGGUGUUCUCUCGGCGAACACCAUUUAGGAACUCAGACGUUUCUAUUCCAGUGAAAGUACCCUAUCAAUUAGCGAAUACUCCUCUCAAAUCCCAAAUUGUGGUCAAUAAUAGCUCAAAAUGA